GCGAGGCGGAAGUGCAGUCCGCUCACAGCUGCUGCUUCUGGGCGGGCCGAGGGAGGCUCCCAAGUAGGGGGCCGGGCCGGGAUGGCGGCAGCAGCAGCCGGGGCCGGCACCGGGUCUUGGACAUCACAAGAGAAACAGUUUCCACCGGCGCUGCUGAGCUUCUUUAUCUACAACCCACGCUUUGGGCCACGCGAAGGAGAGGAGGAAAAUAAAAUUUUGUUUUAUCAUCCCAAUGAAGUAGAAAAGAAUGAAAAAAUUAGGAAUGUUGGCUUAUGUGAAGCUAUUGUACAGUUUACAAGGACCUUCAGUCCAUCAAAACCUGCAAAAUCUUUGCAUACACAGAAGAAUAGACAGUUCUUCAAUGAACCAGAAGAAAAUUUCUGGAUGGUCAUGGUAGUUCGGAAUCCUAUAAUUGAAAAGCAAAGUAAGGAUGGAAAACCAAUUGUUGAAUACCAAGAGGAGGAGCUGUUGGACAAGGUCUACAGCUCAGUGCUGCAGCAGUGCUAUAGCAUGUACAAGCUGUUUAAUGGGACUUUUCUGAAAGCCAUGGAAGAUGGAGGUGUCAAGCUGCUGAAAGAAAGAUUAGAAAAAUUCUUCCAUCGGUAUUUGCAAACACUACAUUUGCAGUCAUGUGACCUACUUGACAUUUUUGGUGGAAUCAGCUUCUUUCCACUGGAUAAAAUGACUUAUUUGAAAAUCCAGUCCUUUAUUAAUAAAAUGGAGGAAAGCUUGAAUAUAGUCAAAUACACUGCAUUUCUCUAUAAUGAUCAACUCAUCUGGAGUGGAUUAGAACAAGACGACAUGAGAAUUUUAUACAAAUACCUCACCACCUCUCUGUUUCCCAGGCACAUCGAACCUGAGUUGGCGGGAAGGGAUUCUCCAAUAAGGGCAGAAAUGCCAGGAAAUCUUCAGCAUUAUGGGAGAUUUCUUACUGGACCCUUGAACCUUAAUGAUCCAGACGCAAAAUGCAGAUUCCCGAAAAUUUUUGUAAAUACAGAUGACACUUACGAAGAGCUCCAUUUAAUUGUUUAUAAGGCAAUGAGUGCAGCCGUAUGCUUUAUGGUUGAUGCCUCCAUUCAGCUGACGCUGGAAUUUUGCCGAAGACUGGACAGCAUUGUUGGGCCCCAGCUCACAGUGCUAGCAUCCGACAUCUGUGAACAGUUUAACAUCAACAAAAGGAUAUCUGGGUCUGAGAAGGAGCCCCAGUUUAAGUUUAUCUACUUCAACCACAUGAACUUGGCAGAGAAGAGUACAAUUCACAUGAAGAAAACACCCAGCGUGUCACUGACGUCUGUUCACCCGGAUCUAAUGAAGAUUCUAGGUGACAUCAACAGUGAUUUUACCAGAGCAGAUGAAGAUGAAGAAAUCAUCGUGAAAGCCAUGAGUGAUUAUUGGGUGGUCGGGAAAAAGUCGGAUCAGCGGGAGCUGUAUGUUAUUUUGAAUCAAAAAAACGCAAAUCUGAUUGAAGUCAACGAAGAAGUAAAAAAACUUUGUGCCACGCAGUUCAAUAACAUCUUCUUCUUGGAUUGACUGACAAUGGCUCACAGAAAACGUCUUUUAAAAAACUCAGUGAACAUUUUGUUUACCAUUGCAAGUUAUUGGUCAUAUUAUUGACUGGAUUACUGACAAUAGUAAAGCAAUACUUGCUUUGAAGAAACAAAUUUCUACUUAGUCUGAUGAUCUCUUAAGAUUUUUAGAUUUUAAAUAUUUAUGUGGAAUUGAUUAAAGAUAGUCGGCUAUAUAUCAUUUCAUUCUUUUGACAUGUGAAUAUUUUACUGGAAAAUAAGACUAAUAAAUUCUUAAAAAGUUUUUAAAAUU